UAAAGCAAAAUGGCUGAAACUCGUUGGUCUGCGACAGACGUCCCGUGAAAUAUGUGUAAUAUUGAAGGGUCACUAUUGUAAAUAAACAUUGAAGUGCAAGUGGCGUAUUUCUUGUCGUGUCCCGUGAUAGUGCAUACUGUGUUUACCUGUGUGUUAAAAUUGUGAUAAUACGAAUAUAAAGUAAAGUUUUUAAAAGUGUUUUUGUGUCUUGUUUUUACGGAGAUCAUCAACUUGCUGUCUGAUUUGGAUUUAUGUUUACUUGGUUACGGUGAUGCUAGGCGGGACGGGAGGUGGGGGGUCGCCGGGCGGCGAGGACCUGCUCACCGUCACCGUCGUGCGUGACGAGCACGGCUAUGGAAUGAAGGUGUCAGGUGACAAUCCCGUAUACGUGCAAUCAGUGAAGGAACACGGUGCCGCUUGGCGCGCUGGUCUGCGCGCUGGAGACCGUAUCUUGAGAGUUGACUCCGUACCAGUACAUCAUCACACACAUCAGCAAGUCGUGCAUAUGAUACGAGCUAACCCCACCACAGUACUGACAGUGCAACAGAACAGUUCACGGCAUAACAAGACGCCGAUAACGGCGCCGUUUCCAGUCAAUCAAGAGAAGCAACGACAGCUAGAAGUAUCCAAAGCGCAGACGGUGCGGUUGAUGCUCGAAAAGGAACAAAAGUACAUGAGGGAUCUCAGAAAUGAGCUGCUCAAAGUUCCAGAUGUAAGGAAGCAGGCGCAGCUCGAGUCCGCGGAACAGCGAUGUUUCACACUCCAGCACGAGAUCGACUCCAUCAUGGCGGCUCAGUCCCCCGGCACGCCGAAGGCCGGGCGCGCCAAGGAGGCCGAGCGCGGCAACUCGGGCUUCCUCAGCGGCAUCCCGCGCUCGCUGAGCAACCUGACCGGCCAGAGCCUGCGCAACCUGCGCCAGAGCCGCCAGAAGGCCGAGGCGCCGCUCGUGCGCCAGAACUCGGACGAGGGCCGGCGGCGCGCGCACACGCACACCGUGCCGCUCGUGCCCACCACGUGCCUCGACAACGCGCCGCCGCCGCUGCCGCCGCGCCGCGCGCCCGCCGCGCCGCCCGCCAGCCCGCCCGCCGCCGCCGCCGCCGCCGCCGCCCACUACAAGAAGCCCUAUCCGAUGCAUCACUCGAUGCCUCCGUAUAGGGAGGAGAAGCUGCGGAGGUCCUCUCACUCGUUGGACGGGGAGCUCGAGGGACCUCAGCCGAAUUCGAUCGCGUUGCAGAUGAACUAUCCCCUGGUCAACGCGCCGCCGCCUCCCCUGCAGACAGAUAAUCGAGGCGGUGUUCCAGUUCUGCACAUGAGGAGUCAGUCGUCUCCAGAACAUCUGGACCACGAACUGCCUAGAACGAGCGCGGCGGGCGCGGCGGGCGCGGACAAGGAGCGCUGGGCGCGCGGGACGCCGCCGCCCGGCACCCCGCCGCCCCCCUACCCGCACCCGCAGCCGUGUGCGGAUCCUCAGCGAGCCAUAAUAUCCAUGGAGGAGGACGAUUCGCCCGCCUCGGAAAACUCGUCAUAUUCCGGACUAUUCUCGAAUCUCCGGUCAGUGAGAGAAUCAAAAGCGAGAACGGCGGUACUCAUAAACUGGUUGUUAGGAGAGAGGAGGUGCGCGUGCGCGAGCCUCGUGCUGGUGCUGACGGACGCGUACCGCGGCGCGGCCGGCGUGGCGGCGCACACGCUGCGGCGCUGGGCCUACGAGAUACACUCCACCUUCCUCAUGCCCAACGCGGUGUUGCAAUUAAACGGCGUCGAUGAGAACAUGGCGAACGAAAUUGAACACGUCCUAGUUAAUGAGUUCGACAAGGAGGAGCUGCUCCGGAACGUGUUCCUGAAGGCGCGGCGCCAGGCGAAGGAGGAGCUCGGGCGGCAGCUGAGCGAGUUCCAGGUGAAGCGGCAGGUCGGGCUCGGCACGCUGUACGGGCCCGAGGACAGCGUGCUGCAGCGCUGCUCGCUGGACAAGGCGCAGGAGCAGGUGGUCGUGGAGCGGCUGCUGUGCCAGCGGCUGGCGGCCGUGGCGGCGGGCGGCGCGGCGGCGUGCGGCGGCGGCUCCGCGCCCGACGCGCACGCCGCGCUGCUCGCCGCGCUCGUGGCCGCCGCGCUCUGUCUGCACUGCAGGCCGGCGUCGGUGGCGGCGGCGGUGGGUUCCCGCUCCUCGUUCCUCCAGCGAGAUAAGCUCUACAAGCAGAGGCUCAAACAACUCACCAAGCAGCAUCCGCAGCCCUUCGUGGUGCGCGGGCACCACCUGCAGCUGCAGGCGCUGACGUCGGUGGCGCACUGCCACCACUGCGACCUGGUGAUCUGGGGGCUGGCGCCGCAGGCCUACGUGUGCGCCGACUGCAAGCUGCGCGUGCACCGCGCCUGCGCGCGCGCCGUGGACGAGGGCUGCUGCCUCGACGGCGAGGCGCCGCCCAAGCGCCUGUCGCGCUUCAUGGAGCGCAUGCACCCGCCGCCCGGUCUCGACUCCGGCGACAAGAAGUCGAGGAAGUCGUCGGGCACCGCCAACUUCCUCAACAUGGAGAGGAGUUUUCGAAAAGCGGAGGACGACACGUGGGACCAAACGUUAACACCUGCCGCGGUUCAAGGAGAAUCGAGGCGAGAGGGAUCGACCGACGAGCCCACAGCGCCAGAACUAGACGUCGACACCAACGACACCAGUACCAAGGAGAACGAAACGAAAGAACACAGUAGUUGGAAAGGCGCGAAUGCAUCUCGCGGCGUGAACCGCGCGGAGAGCUGUCGCGAGCGCGACGCACCGAGACGGGGCAAGCAUCGCAACGCGUCCGAUCCGAACCGGCUCACUGCUCAUCCUAACCAUGAUCUCGAGCCAGGCGCGCCUACUGCGCCAUCGGGUAGCUCAAGCAGUUCCAGUCUCUCUUCUAGAAGUAAUGAGAGUAACACCGUCGCUACCGAACAACAAGCUUCCCAAUCUGACUGGUCCGAGGAAGAGGAACCCCUCGCCGCCCAGUGGUCGGACAGCUUGCCGCCGCACAUCAGGGACUCGAUCGUACUCUCGGCUCCCAUCAGGAAACGACAGGAGGUCAUUCACGAGCUAAUAGUGUCCGAGGGCUCGCACGUGCGCUGGCUCAAGGUGCUGGGCGUGGACUUCCUGAAGCCGCUGGAGCGGCAGCCGGCGCUGCUGCCGGCGGAGGAGCUGCGCGCGCUGUUCCCCAACCUGCCGGGCGUGCGCGAGCGCCACUCGCGGCUCUACGCCGAGCUGCGCGCCGUGCGCGGCCGCGCGCCCGACCACGUCGUGCGCCUGCGCCCCGUGGCCGACGCGCUGCUCAACACGCUCGGCGACUCAGGCUACGCCUCGUGUCUCUCCAAGUUCUGUCGCGGUCAGCGCAUGGCACUGGACGCGUUGCGCGAGAGGAGGCGCAAGAACAAGGAACUGCACCAGUUCCUGACGGGACGGGAGCAGCUGCCGCGCUGUGGACGCCUGCAGCUUAAGGACCUGCUGGCCUGCGUGUGGCAGAGGUUAACAAAGUACCAACUUCUGCUGGAGAGCAUUCUUAAGACGGCGAGCGAGGACGAGAGCGCGGACGGCGACAGUCUCGAGGACAUCAACCAGCUGAGGAAGGCGCUCAACGUGGCCAAGGACGUGCUGCACAGCGUCGACACCGCCAUCCGCACGGCGGAGAACGAGCACCGCCUGCGCACGAUCCAGAGCAAGCUGGAGGUGCGCAUUCCGAGCGGCGCUGGGGGAGCGGAGUGCGACGAGCUGCGGCGCCUGGACCUCACGACGCACUCGCUGCGCCACGAGGGGGAGCUGCUGCUGCGCACCGACACCAAGAAGAUCAGCGUGCUGGCGCUCAUGCUGGAGGACAGCCUGGUGCUGCUGCAGCGCGAGGGCGACAAGUUCGUGCUGCGGCCGCUGGCGCAGCCCUCGCACGCCGCGCUGCUGUCGCCCAUCAUCAAGUGGGAUAAGGUCCUGUUCAGGCCGAACGCGGCCGUCCGGAACACGUUUUUCCUGAUGAACAUCAACGCCAUACAAAUGCACGAGCUGUCGGCCAACACGGCUGCCGAAUAUAGCACCUGGGAGAAGCACAUCCGGGAGUCCCCGCUGGCGCGCCUGGCGGAGACCAAGCCCGCUUUGAGCGCCGCCCACCAGCACACUCGCUCCACCGACGACUCCGGCAUUAACGUGUCAAGGAAUCCCUCCGACGCGUCCGAGAAAUCGACGUCCAGCGCCCCCCCAGAGGAGACCUGCGAGAGCGAGCGGGACAGGGCGUCCGUAGAGCGAGACGACGCGAGCGAGCGAGACAAACACUCGCUGGAGCGGGAGGAGGAGCGGGAGCGGGACACGCGCUCCGCGUCCGUCGACAAGGAGGAGGAGGACGAGAGGCACGACGGCGUCCCCCCCAGACAACGGCGCGCAGUGGGGCGCAUCAGCACGCACAGCGCGUCGCCCGCCGCGCUCGAGCCCUGCGUCGGCGUGCGCGCCGCGCCGCCCGCCCUGCACACCGCCACGCGCGCCUUCUCGCACCACGAGCGCCUGCGGCGGCUGGACGAGGCCAUCCGUCGCGCGCUGCGCGCCAAGAGCCUGGUGGUGGCCGAGCUGCUGGGCGUGCCGCCCGACAGCUUCGCGCACCUGGCGGAGCUGGCCGUCGCCGACACGCUGGGCCACGUCGACGUGUGCGGCGAGCUGCAGACGGCUCGCGAGACGGAAACGUCACCGGACCUGCACCAGCUGCUGCUGGCGGCGCAGGCGCAAGCGAACCAGUUGACGGAGGCCCUUAGCGGCGCGCUCAACGUGAGCGAGGCGGGGGCCAUGUCGGCUCGGGCGGGCCGCUGCGACUCGUGCCGCGCCCGGAGGGCCCCCGCCGCCCCCGCCGCCCCCGCGUCGCCCGCGCCCGCGCCCUCCUCGCCCGCGCCUCGACUCGGAGAUACGAAUGAUCACCAAAUUGAAAAGUCGGACGAGGCAGAGAACUCGCGCACAAGGGACAGAUUCGAUAACAGCCUGGAGGCCGACGCGUCCUUCGACAUGUUGACCGACCUGUCGGCCAACGAGUCUGCGCUGGAGGCCGUUUAUGGUACGUCGGUUUUAACACGUAAUAAUGUUUUAUCGCAGCUCGCGUACCGCCGCGCUGGUCGCAAAUUCGACCAUAAUAGCUAUAGACAAAUCUUGGAAAACAUUUACGAUUUUGUAUGUUUUAGAUAUACUGUUAUUAUUUAUAACGUUAAAGACCACAUCCGACACCGUAAAUAAUAAAGCUCGCG